AUGUGCAUCGGCAGCCAUUCGAUGGAUACAUCUGACUACACAAGAACCACCUUCCCUGGACAACCAUCGCUAUACCAUACCUAUAGGCAGGUUGCGUCGAGCUCUCUUCCUAGGAACAUACCUCCUGUUCGCGACUUUACGCCGCGCGAGCUCUCCGAGUUUGAUGGCCGCGACGAGAAUACCCCCCUAUAUAUGGCCGUCAAUGGCACCGUGUAUGAUGUGUCGAAUGGCCGCUCAUUCUACGGGCCAGGUGGUCCCUAUGCGAACUUUGCUGGCCGGGAUGCGUCGCGCGGACUGGCGCUUGGCAGCUUCGACAAGUCGACGCUGACUGACCUGGAUGCCCCGCUGGACGACCUCAAGGGCCUGGAUAAGACCGAGGUUGAGUCGCUCAAUGAAUGGGCCACGUUCUUUGCUGGAAAGUACUUGCCCGUUGGUAAGCUGGUGCCGAAUCCCACUGCCGAGGAGAAAAAAGACAACUAA